AGCUGAAGCCGCUCAAAAAGAGGCCGAUGAAGUCAUGAGAAAACUGCAAGAGCAAGGAGUGGAUGCCACCAAUCUUACCCCCGAACAAAUGGCCCAAAAAAUGAUGGAGAAUAUGCAAGCUCCGACCACUGUCCCAUCUCAAUAGACCUUUAUCAAGCUCCAUAAUGGCUUCGGCCAAGCCCCAAAUCUGUAUUCUAGUUCUAUUGGGACUCCCGGGCUCCGGUAAGACUACCUUAGCCCAAAACAUGCGUGUUCAUUUGAAGGAAAAGUUCAAAGUGAUACUGGUCAGUUACGAUGACUUGAUUCCCCUAGCAGAGCAGGCUCAGUUGUCUCAAAAUAGUGAUGAUAAGGCGUGGAAAGAAGCCCGGAAGUUGAUUUUGAAUGGCGUUCAUGCUCUCAUCAAUCCGGCUCAAAGUGGACUUAGUCUCGCCGAAGUACAGGAGUUUAAGACCAAAUUGGGGAUUCCAGAAGACGAGCCGGAGAGCUCAAAAGACACUUUAGUGAUAGUGGACGAUAAUAACUAUUAUGCUAGUAUGCGAUAUGAGUACUACCAACUGGCCCGCUCCAACCAAACCGGGUUCUGUCAAUUGCAUAUUGACGUGGGAUUAACCGAGGCUCAGAAUCGAAAUGAAGAGCGGGAUCAAAAGAUUCCAAAUGAAGUCAUUCAGGUCAUGGACAAGAGAUUUGAAGCUCCGAAUCCUCUCAAGAACUCUUGGGAGCAAUUCUCCUUCUCCACCCAAGUCAUCCAGAAUGACUCCUCGAAUUUGAUUGAAAUGGUCGAAACCAUUGUGAGUCUAGCCUUGAACAAUCCCGUGAAACCGAUUCCCGAGGUCGACGAUGAGGCCCGAGAUCGAUCUCGGGCCAAAUGUACGGCCAGCAUUGUUCAUCAAGCAGAUAAAGUGUUACGUAAACAUAUAGGCCGAAAGAUGAAAGACGUCAAAAGUGAGAGAGAGGGUAAUACUGAAGCCAUGGAAGAUGCUAUUGCCCUUUUCAACGAGUCUAGAACCGAAGUAUUGGAAGACCUCAAAACUGGUUUCACGAUGCUUCCGUCGAAUGUGGUCAAACGUGUCGAAAAUCGAGACAAACUCGCCAUUGACGAACUGGAGGCGGUCAUAGUCGAACUCUGGGACUUAAAAAUCACCAAGUUGAAGGAGACUAUUUAACCAGAAGGAUCUGGAAUCUGGACUUGUUUACUGGUAUGGGCUGAUUCUUCUUUCCUCCGACCGUUUAUUUGGAAGUGACUAAAAUCGCGUGGAAUAAAGAUCGUCUCUCCUCAA